AUGCCCAGCGUUGGAGCAAAGCGUUUUUACCUUCGAUCUUUGUCGCCCGCACUCCGUAUCCUUCGGUUAUUACUAGUUUCAACAAAUUUUAUGUCUUUGGUUUUCCUUUUUCUGUUGUUUCUUAACUCAGCUUGUCAACAAGGGUGGAUUGGCAACGGGACGUCGUGUUAUAAAUCGUUUUCGUCAUCUAAAACUUGGGAAAAUGCGAAGGAGGAAUGCGAAAAAUGGCAUGCCAAAUUGGUAAAGGUUGAAUCUCGCGAGGAAAAUGAUUUCAUAAAAACGGAAGUUAUGGCGGCAGACAAACACGAUUAUUACUGGAUUGGACUUUCUGACUCUGACAAUGAAGAUGACUGGAAGUGGACGGACGGAACUGAAUUGGAUUUGGAUGGGUACAAAAACUGGAAAGAAAGCCAGCCGGACAAUUACGCUGAUAACGAGGAUUGUGUAGUGAUAGGAAUGACACCGUCCGAUCCGUUGUAUUCCGGGAAGUGGGCUGAUAUUCCGUGCUCAAGUAAACGGAAAUACAUUUGUGAGAAUCCAUAG